AUGGAUGAAAUGGAAGCUGUGAAAGGUGCUAAUAUGGGCCGGGGGAAAGACAUUACCAACAUUGUCGAGGCGGAAAAGAAAGCGGCCCAGACAGACAAGACCGCUAACGUCGAAGAAGAACCAAAACCUGAUAAUGAAGAACAAAGUGAAAAUUGGAGGCCACCAGUUGUUCCAAAAAACACACCACUCCUAUCUUUGAGGAAAAACCCAAAGAAAUUAACCGAUUUAGACAAACAGAGUGAAGAUGGUGCCGAUUUGGACUAA